AUCUAUCAAUUCUAUCAACAAUUUUGGAAACAAAAAAAAUAGUUAAUUUACGAAAACUUCAACAAUAUGUCUGUGCGCCACGACUGGUACCAGUCCGAGACCAAGGUGGUCAUCACUGUUCUGCUGAAGAACGCCAUAGAGAAGAACUACGAUGUCAAGAUUGAGUCAAAGAAACUGCACAUGACCGCAGAUGGAUACGAGCUGGAGAUCCCACUGCUGCAUCCCGUUGUCGUGGAGCGUUGCUCCCACAAGGCGUUCCAGACCAAGGUCGAAAUAACUCUGGCCAAGGAGACGGGCGUACGCUGGGAGACCCUCGAGGAGAAGGCGGCUCCCGUGGAAGUGGCAUUGCCAAAACUGCAGACAAAAAACUGGGACCAAUUGGUCAGCGAGGAGGAAAAGAUCGAAGAGAAGGAGGCUCAAGGCGAAGCGGCUUUAAACAAUCUAUUCAAGCGGAUUUACAGCACUUCCUCGCCCGAGGUGCAAAAGGCCAUGAACAAAUCUUUCUCCGAGUCCGGAGGCACUGUGCUUAGCACCAACUGGAACGAGGUGGGCAAGGAGAAGGUGAUUGUGCGGCCUCCAAAUGGAACCGAAUUCCGCGAAUGGGAGAAGUAGGCC